AUCUUCUCAAAUACCUCUCAACAAUACUACAAGCUAAAUUACCAUCCUUGCAAUAUUUUUAAUCUUAUCAUCACUAUCCCAAUAUCUCCCACUUUCAAUUACCAACUUCCCGGACCAAACCAACCCCAUCAAAAUGAAGUCCGCUAUCUUCUCCUCCGCUAUUGCUAUUUUCGCUACAUUGGCCACCGCCCUUCCCACAGCUGCCCCGGCAGAGCCUACAGUGGGGAGCCCUGCACCCCCUCAAGUUCAAGUCCUGCAAGUGAUCAACUCCAGCGCAGUGGUCAACAUCAACGAAGACACCCCCGGCACUGCCCUCGGCGUUAGCACUACGGGAAUCGUAUCCCGUACCAACAAGGGGCACAACUCCCAAGCCCUUGUCAAAUUUGAUUUCCCCCAAGGACUUGGCGGGCACAAGUGUCGAUUGGCAUUCGGCUCCCCUGCCCACUUCAGCGGUACCGGGGAGAUCCAGGUGUACACAAUUGGGGACGCGAACAUCGCGAGCGCCACCUUCAAUCAGAGGCCUUUCAGGGAUCAGUUUAAGGGCACUUUCCGUGUUUCCGGGUGGGGUGAAGCUGAGGUUGUUGAUGUUUCUGGAUUGACUUUUGAUUGCCCGACUCAGGGGCCUAAAGCAUAUGAGGUUGUCUCUGUUGGGGAUAACAAUGAGGUUGUUUGGUAUGCGGCCUGGGGCGGAUUGAGAAUUGAUGUUUUGUAAGGGUUGAGUGGGUGCUGGGUGAAAUUUUGCUUGCCUCGUGGUUUCUGCUCUUUUUUCUUGUUAUUCAGCUCCAUUUUCUUUCUUUUAAGCAUCGCAUGGCAUGGUAGAAGUGGGGUCAGGUUUGCAUUUUUUUUUCAAAGAUUGGAGCUUGGUGUUGCAUAUUUUAUUGUCAUUCAUUUGAACGAACACUGGUUUUAGAUUUGUCGAACAUUAGAGAUAUAUGGGAGGAAAUAUACACUUU